AUGGCUAGUGAAGGUGGUUCUGCCCUGCCAGGUGGUUUUGCCCUGCCAGGGCGAGAUCCGGCUUGGAAGUAUUGUUUACCGAUUGAGGGUAACCGAAAUGGAACAAUUUGUAAUUUCUGUGGGUUGGUGAUGAAAAGUGGAGGCAUCACGCGAUUCAAGUUUCAUUUAAUGCAAAAAGACCCGCAUAACAACACCAAAAAGUGUCCGAGAGUGCCGCCCGAAGUGAAAGAAGAGAUACGAUUCCUAGUGCAUGACAAAACAAAAGCAAAAGCAAAGAAAAAUGCAGAUAUUGAAGAAAUUCGUGCUCAAUUACGUGGCACAAUGGGGACUCAUCAUACACAUUUGGUAGACGAAGAUGAUGAUGAUGAAGAUGUUGAGAAUGAAGAUGUGUAUAUGUAUCCGGCAGAUAUGCACCCAGAUGAGCGGGAUGCAUAUCGAUCUGCAGUUCGUGCCUCGAAAGCAUCAGAAUGGGAACGUGAACAAUAUGAGAAUAUUGUAGGAAGCAAACGCAAAACAGGGGAGUCUUCACAAUCUCCUGGAUUACCGUCGAUGAUGCGAAAAUCACAUAGUAUGCGACAUUCGCAACAAUCACCCCCUAUUGCCCCUUCACUUUACAAGUCUUCUGCAGCAAAACAAAAAAAUAUCAAAGAUAUAUUCAAGGGUGGUGCAAUUAAAGAAACGAUGGGACGCUUAAUUAGCAAAUUCUUCAUUUAUGAGAGCGUCGCACCCGCAAAAGCAAAGUCUCAUCACUUCAAGAAUAUGAUUAUUGGUGCACAACAAGCUGGAAUGGGAAUCGAACCUCCAUCUCCAUUUGACAUAAAGAACAAGUACUUGGAAAUGGAGUACAGAGAAAUGGAAGCUUAUGUGAACCAACAAAGAGAAAAAUGGAAGACAUAUGGGUGCACAAUAAUGUCAGAUGGAUGGACAGGGCCCACGAAAUUAAGUAUUAUUAAUUUCAUGGUUUAUUCUAAAGGGAGCACGGUCUUCCUUAAGUCAGUUGAUGCAUCGAACUAUAUCAAAGACCACAAGUAUAUAUACGACCUAUUGAAGACUGUUAUCAAAGAAGUCGGUAAAGAAAAUGUGGUCCAAAUUGUCACAGAUAAUGGGUCGGCGUUCAUGAAAGCAGGGAAACAAUUGAUGAAGAAGUAUAACUUAUACUGGACUCCGUGUGCGGCGCACUGCAUCGACUUAAUCUUUGAAGACAUUGGUAAAAGACCCAGUGUUAUCGAGGUGAUAAACAAUGCUCGCAAGAUAACUAACUUCAUUUACAAUCAUGGUUGGUUACUAGCACAAAUGAGACUGUAUUGUGGUGGAGACAUUGUUCGACCAGGAGCUACAAGGUUUGCUACCAAUUAUAUUGCUCUUGACAGUCUUCUUAAAAAAAGGGUCGAUUUGAAAAAAUUGUUUAUGAGUGAUGAUUAG